UUGACCAAAUUAUAGUUUUUUUUUAAUCAAAUAAAUGCCAGAAAUAUGCAAUGAAUAAGUUAAAAUUUGACUACAUUACCCAGGUGCACUUGCAACGUGCAAAUGGAAAGGUGGAGCGUGCCCGGCCUGUGUGUGGUUAGAGGAGAAGAUGGUGGAAACAGCAGGAACAACGUGCACGAUACUACGUCCCAAACGAUUCGAAAAAUACCGACCAUCACAACCAGGCAUUAGGUAUCGCUUACCCGGGGACAAUCAUAGAUAGUAUAUACAUAAAUAAGACAAUAAUCCUGCUUUAAAAUAGUUAUUUUUGUGAAACGUGGUGAGGAAGAUUUGGCAGAGUGGAGUGGAGUAGCUAGCUUGCCAGCUAACUUGACUAGCGAGUUUUGUGUUAGGGAAAUUUUGGCACUACUGCUCUAAUCUUGCCGGUUUAUUCAGUGGUGAAGGCGUUGGUGUCUGUUGAAUAGGCUAGCUCGGUUGUUGGUGGUCAAGGAUAUAGUGGAGACGAGCAUAUCGAAAGCAGUCCCAACUAGGGGAAGUUGCAUUUGCGUGUCUUGCUGUUACUGUCGGCCCAGGUUUUAUUUGAAGCGGAGAACGAAGAAACUGGCGCCAUGCCGAAGAAUAAAAAAGGGAAACGUGGUUCCAAUAAGGCUGGGAAGAAUGGAGUGAAGGGAGAAUCCGGGGCGAGUGAUGAUGACCUGGCCAGUGAGGUUCUCAGUCACUACAGCAGUGCCAGCGAGACUGCCUCUGUCCUGGAGGAGGGCCCCGGCACAGAGCCGGUGGAUGAGCAGACCGCACAAGAGGAGACGGAGGACAAGCUGAAACAGUGCAUCGACAAUCUGAUGGACAAGAGUGCUAAAACACGGCUGGCUGCCCUGGAGAGUCUCCGGCAGGCCUUCUCCUCCCGGCAGCUGUACGACUUCCUGCUGGAGCGCAGGCUCACCCUGAGCGACUGUCUGGAGAGGAGUCUGCGCAAGGGAGGGGGAGAGGAGCAGGCGGCCGCGGCGGUGCUGUGCGCCCUGCUGUGUGUGCAGUUGGGCGGGGGAGACGAGGGUGAGGAGGGCUUUAGGAUCCUGCGGCCUGUCCUCAGCUCCAUCCUCAGCGACGCCAGUGCCAAUAUUGCAGCCCGGCAGAGUUGUGCCACGGCUCUGGGAAUGUGCUGCUAUGUGUCUGCCUCUGAGGAUGCAGAGGACCUAGUGAAAUCCUUGAGCAACCUCGAGAGUGUGUUUACCUGCUCGUACCCGAAUCGUGAGGGCAUUCUCCCCACCCCAAAGCCAGGUGCCCCUGGACUCUACUGCGCCGCCCUGCAGGCCUGGGCACUGCUGGUCACCUUGUGCCCUGCCUCCCACCUCAACACGCUGCUCGACGUACAUCUGCCUAAAUUGCAGGCCUGCCUGGAAUGCAGUGAUGUCCACUACAGGAUCGCUGUUGGGGAGACCAUUGCCCUGCUCUUUGAGCUGGGGCGAGAUAUUGACCGGGACUUCCAGUAUGACGACUGUGACGCGCUGUGUGAAACGCUGAAAGGCCUGGCUACUGAUGGGAACAAACACAGAGCGAAGAAUGACCGGCGGAAACAGCGCUCCAUCUUCAGAGAAGUGCUGCACUAUAUUGAGAAUGAGGACUUUACGGAGGAGAAGAUUCGCUUUGGCCUGGAAGGCAUCUAUAUCGACAGCUGGAUGCGCAGGAGGAUCUAUGAUGCUUUCAAAUUGGUUCUAGAGUCUGGAGUGAGACACCACUUGCAGUAUAACCAGCUGCUGAGGGACAUCUUUGAACUGGGGCCACCUUUGAUUUUGGAUGCUUCUGUCAAGGCCAGCAGGAUAUCCCGUUUUGAGAAGCAUUUGUACAACUCCGCUGCAUUCAAAGCCAGGACUAAAUUAAGGAACAAAGUGAGGGACAAGAGAGCGGAUGUGAUGUGAGAGUGGACGGAAGGAACUCAGCCAGCCCGGGGGACAGCACUAGGGAGAAGAACACUAGCCCCACCAUAUCUGUUCACUUGAAAAACAUGCUGCUGCCAAAACUGGGACAUUGCAAACAAUUCCUGCGUGUGUUUUAUUUUUUUAUUUAACAUCAUGGAAUAAAAGAAAGCAACCAAUGGGAAUAAUGACAAGUAUAAUGUACCUUUAUAUUAGCUAUAUGUAAGACAAUAUUAAUCAUUUCAUGUGGAGUAUUUUACCUUCUAAUUUAUUGAGUGGAAGACCAGAAGUGGAAGACCAGAAAAUGAUUUUUAAACAAAAUAAACAUUUACAGACUUUGUAAUCAAACAUGGGAAAGGGUUAAACAAAAUGAAGACAUUUUGUAGUUUUUCUAUGUAUAUUUUGUAUGCUGGUUUGGUUGUGCAUUAUUUAUCUUUAUAUGUAUAUAUUAUAUACAUAUGUAUAAUGUAUAAUGAAAGUGCACCAAGAUUAAAAAGAAUUGAGUGGCGGUUAUUUUCCAGCUUUUGUCAUUUAAUUGACAGGCAUUGCAUAUGUACCCAAAGGGUAAAACUAAUUUGACAUCUUGAAUUAAAAUAAAAAUCUAAUAAGUGA